AUGACGAGCUAUUUCUCUAUAGCGACUUCAUCGAUUCUCAAUUCACUAGAAUUCAACUCGAGUGCUACCUCUGCAGAGAAUAUUCGGCACCCUAUGCUUUGUUAUUCGGAAAAUUGCAAGCAAAUUCGGGAGACAACGACAACAACGACAGAUAUCCGCUGUUGGAGCACCAAACCGAUAAUGAAUUCAAGAAACCGCAAUCAACCGAACUCCAAAGCUCGGAAUAAAAGGACUCUAACGAGUGCAACACCGGAGGAAACAUCUUAA